AUGAGUAGCAAAGUGGUAAACGAAAGUAGCAUGUUCUAUAUUGACUUUUGUCCAAACUGUUCAAAUAUUCUUCACCUAGACGAGUAUAUGGGCGAGAUGAGACAAAAAUGUCAAGUGUGUCCAUACUUCUCAGCAAUCAAAAAUGUCAUGCUUGCUUCCCGAUCAUUUUAUAAACUAAAAGAAAUAGACUCAGUUUUGGGAGGCAAAGCUGCAUGGGAAAAUGUGGAUUCAAUUGAUGUAGUUUGUAAUGCAUGUAAUCAUGGCAGAGCAUACUUUUUACAAGUUCAAACUAGAUCAGCAGAUGAACCUAUGACUGUUUUCUAUAAAUGCUGUAACUGUGGACAUAGAUGGCGAGAAUAAAUUAUUGACAAAAAACAUAUAUACAUGUAUAUAUAUAUAUUAUAAUACCUUUUUUUAUUAUUUAGAUUUAAGAAAAAUAUUUAAUUAAU